AAUGGGCGUUGAGAGCGACGGUUUUCUAGUGUUUACUUUUUGUCUUGUGAUAAUCCGGUAAUAAUGCUCACAAAUGCCUACUCGAACGGUAUCACAAAUUCGGGUUUUCGCGUAGAAUUUUUCUUGAAUUGAUCAUCUGUUUUUUGCUUGUCUGGGAAUUUUAUGUCUGUUCCCAAUAAAAACCGAUUGGGCGCUUGUAAGGAACAUCGAUAUAGAUCGGGUGGAGAUGUUGGACCGAGUGGCGACGGCAAUGACGAAGAAGGCGAUGGGGCGAUGGAUACGGGUGGGCGAAAAGAGGGAGAGGGGGAGGGAGAUGAUAAUAGGAAGAAGGGGAAAAAGGUGUCGAUAUUAGGGUUCCGAAAGGUGAAGAGGAAUAUCCAGAGGAGGAAGCAGAAAGGCAAUUCUGCUGGCAGAGCGGCGUAUGGGCGGUGUUUCUUGUGCUUGAAGCCUCCGCGGGCUAUGGAUUCUCAGAGUCAAUCACAGUUUGGAACAGUUUCCAGCGGCUAUUGGAGAAAUUCAAGCAGAAUUUCUUGUUGCAGUGUUUGAAUUGUUGGUUUAGUUUUGAGGUAGACUGAGGUGAGAUGCAUUUGCUUUGAUUGGGAAGGGGGAACUGAGGUUUCUCCGUGAUGAGCAGAGGUCGGUGAGAGGUCAAGUCCAGCGAUGAACAUGUUUGGUUU